GAUCUUUGCUGUGAUGACCUUCGAAGGGAUUUUGAGGAUGGCCCCAGUCAAGAUUGAGCCCAACAAUCAAGUCUCCUUCACUCAUCUGGAAGAAGGCGUUCUCCCACCAAGAUGCUUUGUCAUAGAGCUGGAGUCCUUGAUACCAGGUGGGGGGUCUCCUUCCCCUCCUCUUUCUCCUCCCCUUCCACGGGGGUUCCUGGAUCUGGCAUAUGGACCCACCCCCCUCGGGAGGGUCAUCAUCAGCGUCACUAUUGAUGGCCUUUUGGGCCGCAACUUCCUGCUCAUGUGUGCAGGGGGGAUGGGGGCCGCCUCUUAUGACCACUCUAGGGUCUCUGGUGUAGGGAAUAAGGGUGGGGCAGGGGAAUUUAUGUUGAUGGGACAUUAUGUGUCCCAUGGAGGAGGAGGAGGAGGAGGCCCAACAUCAACCCGAGCAGUGUUGCCAUCGAGGGAGGAGGAUUGGGAGAGGGAGAGUAGGACCUAUGAAGAGACGCCAUGGAAGGCGGGAGAUGUCAGGGGAAACAUCUCAUAUGAAGAAGCUUCAGAGUUCUAUAUCGUCACCAGAGAUGAUCCCAGUAGGAGAUACAGUGAUUGCUUCGGGAUGGUGGAGGAAGGACUCAACGUCCUGAAAUCCGCCAUCUCGAAGUAUGAAGACUUUGAACAGGUCAAAGUGGCCAACUGUGGUCUCAUCCUGUGAUGUCUUUCCCUCCAGAUGAAGAAGAAGAAGAAGAAGAAGAAAGAAGAA